AUGGUAUCCCACGUCGCUACGGUGCCCGACGACGUCCUCAGCACUGCUGUGCUGCAACGUAUGGACUGCGUGAGGGACCUCUGCGCGCUCGCAAGCACCUCCAAACGUUUUCACCAACUCUCGGGCUGUGACACUCUAUGGAAAUCCCUCUGGGCUUCCAAGUGGGGGGAACCCGUCGCACUUACGCGUCGAGCGGCUGUGCUGGCCGGCGGUUUCAAGGCCCUUUUCGGCUCCAAAACCACCACCGACAAGGCCAGUGCACCAUGGACCAAGCCCUGCCCGGAAGAGCUCAAGGCCAGCAUUGAGAAGCUCACAUCACGAACUCUAGGCGACGCACAACAAGUCAGUGCGGUAUUUCUGGUGGACGGCAGCGGAUCGGUCAACGCGGAGGAGUUUGAGGCCAUGUUGGGCUUCGUGAUGGAGGCGAGCACCCAGCUGAAGGCCUGUGUGGCAGAUUGCCAGCCACCUAACCGCCCAACCAACCACUACCGCCCGAAGCAGGUGUCGGUGGUUCAGUUCAGUAACGAUGUGCGUGUGGAGGCCCCCCUGGCGGCCGUGGACCUGGAGGCCCUGAAGAAGAUUACCCGGGAGAUGAUGUGUAGUCCGUGGUUGGGAUUUGACAGCUGGGUGGUUCGCAUGAAUGGCGGCACGAAUGUGGCGGUUGCGGUUCAGAAGGCGGGGCAGCUGCUUAAGCGCGACGCGGCGCCAGACGCGAUGCGGCACGUCGUACUACUGACGGAUGGGCGAGUGGACUCGUACCAGGCUCACGAGGCCCGGCAAAUGGCCGAGCAGCUGGCGGACGAGCAGCGCUACGUGACCCUCUUCGCGUACGGCGUUGGCCGCGGGGUGGACCGAGCCGAGCUGCUUCACAUCAUCGGAGGCGCCCCCACGUCGCCACUCCCGACCUCCUCCUCUCGCGCAUCCGCGCCGGCGGCUGCGCCGGCGGUGCAAGUGCCGUCACCGGCAGGAUCGGUGCAUGCGGGCAGCACGAGCAGCAGUGGCGUCUCCAUCCCUAGCAUCGCCAGCACCGCCAGUAGCGCCUGCGGUGUCAACGACUCGGGCUGUCCGGGCUGCGGUGCGGGAGGUCGCACCGCCGCAGUCCUCAGUGCGCUGGGAGAGGCUCCGGAGGACAGGUACCUGGCACUGUGUGUGCGCGAUGAGGCGCCGUGGUGA